GGAGAAGGGAUAAAAAGGGAAGAAUAGUUACGUCAGCACAAUUAUUUAGUCUUGUUUUGGAGUGAGGAGGUUGUGAUAAGAAAUCUGUUGCUAUGUCGGGCCGGGGAAAGCAGGGAGGCAAAGUGCGGGCUAAGGCCAAGUCGCGCUCCUCGCGGGCCGGGCUGCAGUUCCCGGUGGGCCGCGUGCAUCGGUUGCUCCGGAAAGGUAAUUAUGCCGAGCGGGUCGGAGCCGGGGCCCCGGUCUACAUGGCGGCCGUGCUGGAGUACCUGACGGCCGAGAUCCUGGAGCUGGCGGGCAACGCGGCGCGGGACAACAAGAAGACGCGCAUCAUCCCCCGCCACCUGCAGCUGGCCAUCCGCAACGACGAGGAGCUCAACAAGCUGCUGGGCAAAGUGACGAUCGCGCAGGGCGGCGUCCUGCCCAACAUCCAGGCCGUGCUGCUGCCCAAGAAGACCGAGAGUCACAAGGCCAAGAGCAAGUAAAAACGGUCUAUAAGAAACGAGAGGUUUAAACUGCGAAAAACACACCCCAAAGGCUCUUUUCAGAGCCACCCACACGAUCAAAAAAGAGCUGUUCACCUCGUAAUACAGUAAUCACGUCCCCAAGCUCCCAAGAAAUACUUCACUUCCUGAUGCCUUUUGUAAUUGAAGUGGAGAAUGUUUAGUCCUGUGACUGCCGGAACACUGUCAUUGCUCAUCAUGUUGAGUAAUCCAGAAUCGCUGCAGGCAUACAGGAAGCCUUCAUGUAAAAGAACUCAGACCACAGAGGGUCAGAAUUUUUUUAACGCUAUGGAUUCCUAUUUGAAAUCUCUGGAUUUAUUUUGUGAAUCAUGUUUGCACACCUACCAGUGCUAAUAUUGCAUGUCACCCAUCAGCACCCUUGCAAGGAUCUCAAGCCACCCAACAGGUCAGUAUGUUCAUUGUGUCCCUUUCUGUGCCCUGUCCGUAGAAGACGAAUCUGCGAGAAUGGUCCGCUUGAAAUUCUGACUCUUGUCUGACUCGGGGGGGGAGAAGACAGCCAAAGGCAGAAACAGUAUACUUUAAAGCAAUUUUUUAUACCAGUGAAAAAACUGAACUGUGAUAGGUGCUAACAGACUUUCAGUUGUCAUCUUCGUAUGCCAGGUUAGUCCUCACAUGGGAAGCAGUGAAUAAGCUCUCUCUACUAGGCCGUGAGGAGUCAUAUGUCCCAUUUCCCCUUGUGGCCCUGCUUCCCCGUGCCUUCUAGGAUAUGCCUUGGUAUCUUGUGAGAAGUUAGCCCCAAGGUACUCAGAAGUCUCAGGUUGUCAUUCCUCUAGAUACUAGUCAGGCUAGAAGACCACUCCAACGGUUCUGAAGAUCUUCCAUGCCAUGCAAAGAUACAGCAUGGAUGCCUCCCACCUAGAGCUCCUCCAGGCACUGAAUGCUCAACGCCGUCAGGUCCUUAUAAUGUAUUUGGACUCACGGCGACGAGUCCGUAAUCUCCUCAUGACUCUCACCAGCCUGAUCACCCAACUGUGUGACUUGCUUUUCCAAAGCCAUGUAAGCGAGGCUGCAAUGUCAGAAGCUCUCACAAGGAGAACAUUCGAACUGUAUGGCAUGCUCUCAGCAGGUGACUGCGACUUGCCAGAAGAAGAUGAUAUUGAGGACACGAACAAGGAUGGCUUGCUUUGGGAACGUCUUCAGACUGUUGACCGUCGGUUCUGGGUACAGGAGAAAAGUGUAGACUGGUGGGAGAGGAUAGUGCUGCAGACAUGGGGUGAUCAACAGUGGCGUGAAAACUUUAGGAUGACAAAGGCCACAUUCCUAGAGAUCUGUGCGGAGCUGACUCCAGAGCUGAGGAGGCAAACUACCAACAUGCGAGUCCCUUUGAGUGUUGAAAAGCGGGUGGCAAUUGCCAUUUGGAAACUCGCAACCCCCAACUGCCAAAGGUCUGUGGCCAACCAGUUUGGCGUGGGCAAAUCCACUGCUGGAUCAGCUAUUCGUGAGGUGUGCACAGCUAUCAGGAAGGUGCUUGCCCCACGUUUCCUCGGGCUUUUCAAUCCCCAGGAAGUCAUCAAUGGAUUUGCCCACAUGGGGUUCCCAAAUUGCAUUGGUGUGAUCAACAGCAUACACAUCCCCAUCCUUUGCCCUCCCCACCGUAGCUCAGAGUAUAUGAACAGAAAGGGCUUCUUUUCUAUUGGGCUGCAGGGCCUUGUGGAUCACUGUGGGAGAUUCACACAUAUCACUGCUGGAUGGUCUGGCAAAAUGCAUGAUGCUAGGGUCUUCCGUAAUUCCAGCCUUGUCCCCCUGAUGAGGAGGGGAGAUUUUGCUGGGGGUGCUUCCAGCAUUGAAAUCAAUGGAGUGACAAUCCCCCCACUGAUUAUUGGUAACCCAGCUUACCCCCUCCUACCAUGGCUCAUGAAGCCAUUCAUAGGGUACCUGGACCCCCGGAAAGAACUUUUCAAUCAUCGGCUAAGCAACUGCUGGCUGAUGGUAGAACAUGCAUUUGGACGCCUCAGGGCCAGGUGGAGAGCCCUCAAUGUCCGUUUGGAUGCGUCUGAACGUUACCUUUCCAGCAUGGUGGUGGCCUGCUGCAUCCUACACAACAUCUGUGAGACAAGGGGUGAGACUCUAGGGGUUGGGUGGGUGAUGGAGGCUGAGAGACUUUCUCAGCGUUAUGAGCAGCCAGAGCCAGUACUUCUUGAAAACUACAGCCAGCAGGGGACUCUUGUCAGGGAAGCAUUGGCAGACUACUUUGAGCAGGAAGAAGGGGCUCAGGAAUGAGGUAGGGCCAUUGCUGUUCUAAUGCAUAUUGUAAGAGGGUAUGUUCAUUAAAACCUGCUGAAUAGAAAUGGUUGGUUUUAUUUAAUAAUUAAGCCCGUAAUAAACCAUUUAAAAUAGUGGGAAAGAAUUAGGGGAAAAGGAAACUAUAUACAUAGGAAGCCACAUAGAAUCAGUGGCAUAGCUGCCACUCACCACAGGUCAUUUGCACGAGAACUCUGCAGCAGCAGGCCACAACGGGGUUUGAAAGAAUCAAAUAUGAUCUUCCAAAGGCUGCUGUCCCCCCCCCCCCCAGUACUUCUCCCAGUACUAUGGGAGGUGGCAUGUGUGGGACAAGGUUGUUGAGGGUGCAUAGGGAAUGUUGAGGGAAUUCCAGCGGCCAAGGAGAGGACAAAGCACUGCCUUUCUGGACUCUGGCAGAUGAAGAGCCUGGGAAAUGUAGACUUGCACCUUCCUCUCCCCCAGAUUCUUCCAGAGAAGUUCAGUGUCCCCUUUUGCCAGAGCAAUAGCACCCCUCUCCUCCAGGAAUCCUUUAUGACCAAAGGCUACCAGCUCUUCCAGCCUGGAGAAUAGCCAUGCAAUAGUGCUCCAUCUUGGAGGGUCACUCCUCCCCCACACUGGCCCUCCUCUCAGGGGAUCUUUCUCUUUCCCCUCCACUGUAAGCCUUGCUUCAAACUAAGGCUCUUUAGUAACCUUAGCUGUCAGACCUAAAGGGACAUAAUCUGGCAGCUUGAGGCCCUUUUCUAGUCAUGGCCAAAGUGAAAGGUGGCUGCUGAGGCAGGGGGAAAAAGAAAAAGGCAUAUUCCAGGGUGGUACUACCAAGGCAGUGUUCCUGACCUGUCAUUGCUGAGAUCCCUACUUUGAGACCUGUCUAUUCCAUGCAUCUUGGGCUGCUCAGAUCAGCUCCUGACUGACGAUGCUCUUUCCUCCCCACCUUCCUUGAAAUGAAAAUCAUGGAGCCCCAUAUUCACCCAAGGCACUUCGCCCUGCUUAACUCAGUGCUUCAUGCCUGGGAGUCCUCUAUGCAGCUGUCAUGGCUUUGGCAUGCAAUGGCCCAGAACAGCUCUUUUCCCCCCAAAGCAAGUGUACCUCAAAGGCUAACAUCUAGCCUACUCAAUGCAAGGCACUCCUCUAGGGCAUAAAGUGGCAGAGGAGAAGAGUAGCUCUCCUUCUCCAUCUCAGUGGAUGGAAAGGGGGAACGCCCCCCCCAGCCUUGCUUCAAGAGUUGGGCUUGCUGAUGGGAGAAUCCUUUCACAAGCCUAUGGUGGUGCUUGCAAUACAACCCUGGAUGUUGCCAUAGAAAGAAGCUUUAGCCAUGGAGGGGACUCCUGGGAGGGUGGCAGCCUGCUGGGUAUAUUAGGCAAAAUAAGGCUUCUCCCAGGAGGACUUGUCAUUUCAGAAGGUGAUUUAGCCAAGCCACAAGAGAUGUUUCUGCUUCUGCUUAUUCAUUCCUCCACCCUUGCUCCAAAUCCUUGCCCAGUACUUUUUCUUCUGGAGCACUAAUUCAUGAGUUCAUAUCCACUGGUGUGCUGGCUCAGGUUUUGCUUAGUUGCACAGAGACUUGUUUCUUUGUGGCCUGUUUAUAUUACCUGUUUUUGAGCUCUCCCUUGGCACUUAGCUGACUUGUAACUUUGGUUUCACCAUUUACCUUGGUCCAUAUGUUUGACUUCUCCUUGUUAAAUACUUUAUGUAUUGGUUCUAAUUUCAGUUUGUACAUAGUUUAUUUAUUGUUACUUUCUGUGCCUUGUAUAUACUUUAUUUAUUAUUUGAUUUUUGCCCUUUAUAUAGUUUAUGUCUUGGUACAUUUGCACUCUGGGUCAGAAGUUUUCUCAUCAUUUUUCAGGCCUGGAGUUUUGUGCGUGCAUGCAUCUUCAUUUACACUCUCAGCCUUUCAUUUCCAUGUGCCCCUUUCUACUCUCCCAGCUCCAUGUUUCCCUCGUUGUUUGUUUAAAUCAUGUUAAAUGUUCGAUAAAGUUCACACACUACAGAAA